UCGAUUAAAUGGAUGAUCAAAUACCUGGAAACUUUCAUUAUGUGUUUAACAUUCAUAAUAGAAUGUACAAAAACAACUAAUUUGUUAUAAACACCGAUAAUGGCUUAUUAAUUUAUUAUAAAGUGCGCUCAGUUUGCAGAUUCACCAUAUUAAAUGGUCCCUCCCCUUUAAACGUCUGCGUAACAUCCCCUUUAACUCGCUCGUCUUACAUCUGCAGUGUUGUCAAUGCAGACUGGUUUUGGUCGGCGGAAUUAUUUAAACUAAAGUUACCCCUUUUUAACUUUCUGUCUCUUCAUGAACUGGGUGUAACUGUGGUGUAGCUGUAAGAGGUCGUAUGUCUGUUUGUAAAGAGUCUGUGCUGUACAAUGCUCUGGUUCGUGUUGUUCGUGUCGGUGCUGAUGAAUACUGGACCAGCUCAAGGAUACUUCCAUGAAGAGCGCUGGAGCCCGGAGUCUCCUAUAUUAGCUCCCCGAGUAAUGAUCGCUCUCAUCUGCCGUAACGCCCAGCACUCUCUGCCGCAUUUCCUCGGAACUAUUGAUCGCCUCAACUAUCCCAAAGAUCGAAUCGCGCUCUGGGUAGCAACCGACCACAAUAUUGACAACACUACAUACCUACUGCGAGACUGGCUCAUCAAUGUACAGAAACUCUACCAUUAUGUGGAGUGGAGGCCAAAGGAGGAACCAAGAGAAUAUCAUAAUGAGGAAGGACCAAAAGAGUGGACGAAUGAGCGCUACGCCUAUGUCAUGAAACUGCGGCAGGCAGCGCUCGAGUCUGCACGAGAGAUGUGGGCAGACUAUCUCAUGAUGAUUGAUUGUGAUAAUCUUCUGAUCAACCGAGACGUUUUAUGGAAACUAAUAAAGGAGAACAAGACAAUCGUGGCACCGAUGAUGGAGUCUCGUGCUGCCUACUCAAACUUCUGGUGUGGAAUGUCAUCCCAGGGCUACUAUAAACGAACUCCUGCCUACAUCCCCAUGCGUAAGCAAGUGCGUAGGGGUUGCUUUACCGUUCCCAUGGUGCACUCGACUUUCCUGGUGGACCUGCGGAAAGAAGCUUCCAGACUUCUGGCUUUUCACCCGCCACAUCCAGACUACACCUGGGCCUUUGACGACAUUAUAGUCUUCGCUUUUUCAGCCCGCAUGGCAGAUGUUCAAAUGUUUGUUUGUAACAAGGAAACUUACGGGUAUCUCCCAGUGCCUCUUCGCGCCUACAGCACUUUGCAAGACGAGGCAGACAGCUUCAUUCAUACUGUGAUGGAGGUCAAUGUGCGAAACCCUCCAGUUGAGCCCUCCAGAUACUUGCCCAAACCUGUCAAAAAGCCUGACAAAAUGGGCUUUGAUGAGGUGUUUAUGAUCAACCUGAAGCGGCGGGAUGACCGUCGUGAGCGCAUGCUGAGGGCUUUGAGAGAGCAAGAGAUCGACUGCAAGAUUUUCCCUGCUGUUGAUGGCAAAGCUAUGAACGUGAGUGAGAUCCAAUCUAUGGGAAUCCACAUGCUUCCCGGCUACAGUGACCCGUACCACGGCAGACCUCUUACAAAAGGAGAGCUGGGCUGUUUCCUGUCCCACUACAACAUCUGGAAAGAGAUUGAAGACAGAGGCCUGAAGACAUCGCUAGUGCUUGAAGAUGAUUUGCGGUUUGAGAUUUUCUUCAAGCGACGCCUGCAGAAUUUAAUGAGUGAGGUCGAGAGUAAGGGUCUGGAUUGGGACCUCAUUUAUAUUGGGAGGAAGAGGAUGCAAGUGGAACGGCCUGAAAAAGCAGUACCAAACAUUCGCAACCUGGUGGAGGCGGACUAUUCCUACUGGACCUUGGGUUACAUGAUGUCAUUGCAAGGAGCCAAAAAGCUCCUCAAAGCAGAACCACUCAGUAAAAUGUUGCCUGUGGACGAAUUCCUUCCUGUAAUGUUUAAUAAGCAUCCUGUAUCAGAUUACAUGGAGCAGUUUGAGACGAGGGACCUGAAAGCAUUCUCAGCGGAGCCCUUGCUUGUGUUCCCUACACACUACACGGGCGAACCUGGGUACAUCAGUGACACCGAAACCUCCACGGUGUGGGACAAUGAGAAAGUGCGCACAGACUGGGACAGGAAGCGCUCGGGUAAGACCCGGGAACAGGCUGAGAUCAGCACAGAGGCCCAAAACUCAGAUGUGCUCCAGUCUCCUCUGGACAGGACGGCCAGAGACGAACUAUGAGAGACAUUGCUUUGGACACACCGCUGGACUUGUUUCUGGGGGAUGUUCCACCUCAUAAGCACAAUAUGAAUGAGCAGAAGAGGCCUUUUAGAGAUUUUUUUAUUAUUUGUUGUUGUUUGCCAGCAAAGAAAUUGCGCUUAAAUAUUUAUCCCGUCAUUGGUAUUGGUAACAGUGGCACAAAUGUGCUUAUUAAUAAGCACAACACCUGUUCAUCCUGCGAUAAAGAUCCCAGGUGUUCGUCAAACAGUUUAUGAUUAUUUUAAUCAGUAACGCAUUAUAGUAAGGUUCAAUUUGUUAACAUUAGUUAACUGGAUUAGCUUAACAAUGAUAAUUUCAACAUUAAAAUCAAAAGUUAUAUCAGUUCAUAUUAUUUAAAUAUGACAUAUGUUUUUCAUUUACAUUUUCAACUUUCUUUAGUGUGUAAUGUUGCUGUUUGAGCAUGAAAAAGGUUUUUCAAAGUUCCAAAGCAAAAAGUAUAGGGAGAUACUCUCUAUUUCAGUGCGCACACUGUUUCUGAACUCACUGAAACGCCUCGAUUGUAGUCUUGAGUUUUCUUCCGGAAAUGAACACGUCACAAUAGUCUUCAUUUAAAUAAUUCCCGCCCAAGGCGUACGCAAAAUAAAGGGGCGAAGCCUGGUUGAGUUGCGCUAGUAGUGUGCUGAAACUCGCGGUUAUGGUAAGGGGUGUGACAUUUCCUAAACACACCGAACCGGUUGACCAAUCACAACACACUGGUCCAGCUGACCAAUCAGAGCACAGUGUGCUUUUUAGAAGGAGGGGCUUCAUAGAGACGGGGGGGCUAAACAGGGGUGCGUUUCCUGUACAACGACGUAACUCAAUGCUUCACUAGCAUACUACAAUGCAGCAUGGAAGAAAUCAACUAGCUAGUCACAACUGUUUUCCAAAACCGUAUUGUCGCAAAUUUGUCGUUCAACCACGUUGGUUAAUGAUGUCACGCAGGUUCCCACCCAAACACUGUAAUAACUUCUUUAAAUGAAUCCGUUUGAGAUCGAAUUAAUGCUAGAUUUUUUGCUAUAAAUUACAGACAUGGCAUCUGAGGACUAAUUCUCAUUUUUCUCAGUUAUUUUGCCUUAUUUUGCCAGAAUCAAUCACAGGCUCGUUCUUACGUACUAGAGCACAUACGCACAUGCGCACUCUUCAAAAACGGUGCUUAAAAUCUCUUGGAAAAACUCAAAUUAUGUAAAUGACAUUUGUAUAUAUUUGAAAUGAAAGAUAUAGAUUGUACUGAAUGUCAGCUUGCUUAUUUUGCUCAAGAUAAGGAUUUAUUAAGUCCACGUCAUAAAAACAAGAAACUAUUCUUCUAACCACAACUCGAGAGCUGUCGUUUCACCCACACAAGUUUGCAAUGCAGUUUGCGAAUGUUCGUUUGAACUAUGAUUUUGGGAAAUGUUAGUACCGACUAGCAUAGGUUUUCAUGCUUGAAUGUUCAAAGAAAUACAUAAUUUUUUGAACAUUCAAGCAUGAAAACCUAUGCUAGUUGAACCCAAAAUCAAGACUUUGUAAAAGGGCAAAAUAGGUCCUCUUUAGUAGACUUGAGCUGGCAUGUACUUAACAAUGAACAAUUUAUUUUCAUUAACUAGAGUUAACAAAGAUUCGUAAACAAUAACAUCAUAUUGCUCAUUGUUAGUUAAUGCUUUAACUAAUGUUAUCUAAUGGACCUUAUUGUAAAGAAUUACCUUUUAAUUAGUCUGAAAAAAAAAAUCAGAAAUAAUGACAAUCACAUUUAACUUUUUUUAUUUUUGCAGUGUUCACAUUCCAGACAUGACCAUAGUCAAUAAGUUGUUAUUUAAAGGAAUGAAACACGUUAUUUUAACAUGAAGGAUGUUGUUAUUUUUAGACCUUGAUACUAUUACCGCCUUUGGUGGUGUUUCAGGCUGUUACUUCCCAUCAUCAAAGCCAACAACCGUACACGCCUCACUGUGUGGUUUUGCUGUCAUAUCAUCUAGACAGAAAUUGAAGGUCUACACACAUUCCACACGGCGACAUUCCAGAUUUGGUUUCACUUUUUUGCUUUUUUGACACAGAACAGCCUAGCAGGCUUUAAAUGCGCUUGAUGUGAUUUUUUUUUUUUUGUGAUUGCGCUGUUUAGUCACGCUGUCAUACUAUCAGUAUGUAUGUAACUGUGACUUGUAUUUCACCAACUGUGCCUAAAAUAUAAAGAAUGGUUAAAAACAUUUUCACUGAAAGGAA